AUGAAGCUAUCCCUCAAACUCCUUGUCGUUGCCCUCGCUUCGACCGAGGCCGUCGCCAGUACUUGGUUUGGCAAAGCCGCGUACAACAAAUGGCACGAGACCGAGCUCGAGCGUUGGCUCUCCGACCACGAUGUACCUUAUCCCAGCCCCGCUGAUAGGAAAGACCUGGAAAACCUCGUCAAGGAGAACUGGCAGGCCAAAGUGGUUCAGCCGGUAUCUACAGCUGGCGACAAGACAGCCGACCACUACGGCAGCGUCAAAGACUGGAUCUUCGACAGCUGGUCCGAGUCCUCGCUGAAAGCCUUCCUUGACUACCACAAAAUUCCCGCUCCUCAACCACGUACUCGAGACAGUCUUUUGACCACCGCUCGCCAGAACUAUGACACCCUUGCUAAGAAGCUUGGAGAAUAUGCCUCGUACCCCGGUGAUUGGCUCUAUUCGACAUGGUCUGAGUCUGAUCUCAAAGAAUGGCUUGACGAACGUGGCAUUCCGGCUCCGCAGCCCACCACCCGUGACAAGCUCAUAGCACAAGUUCGUCGCCAUGCCCGUCAAGCUUCUCUCAACGCCUCCAAUGCUGCAUCUGCGGCGAGCGCCUCUUACUCGAGUGGAAUCUCUCAAGCCAGCAAGUCUGCCGCAAGUGCUCAAGCUAGCCUUAGCGACGCUCUCUUCGACGCUUGGUCUGACAGCCAAUUGAAAGAGUUCCUCGAUUCCCACGGUGUCCCUGUCCCGCAAGGCAGCAAGAAGAAUGAGUUGAUUGCCUUGGCACGGAAGCAUCGUAAGCAGGCCGAGAAGUCGGCGUCCUCUAUCUCUGGACACGUUUCUGGAUCUGCUGCUUCUGCCUAUGGUGCUGCCACAUCUUCGGCUGGGAACGAGUUUGCCAAAGCUACUGAUGAUGCCGCACUCAAGGCCGAGGAUGCGUUCAACAAGGCUAUCGAAUCCUGGUCCGAAUCUCGCCUCAAAGCUUACCUUGACGCGCGGGGAGUUCCUGUCCCUCAGGGUAGCAAGCGUGAUGAGCUUCUGGCUCAGGUGCGACUGAACAAGCACAAGGCUGCAACCGGAUGGUCUGCUUGGACUUUCGAUACCUGGACGCUAGACAACCUUAAGAACUACCUCAGAGCGCACGGCAAGAAAGUGAGCAAGAAGGCUGAGCAAAACCGUCAAGAGCUGCUGAAGCAAGUCCAAGAUUCUUAUGCCUCCGCUUCCAAAUCCGGCGGCACCGGCUACGCCUCGGUGACCAGCUACCUUGCCAAACAGACCGGUGCUGCGAAGGAUACCGCUUUCGACACUUGGUCCGACAGUGACUUGAAGGACUACCUUGACAGCUACGGCAUCCCGAACUAUCAAGGCUCAACAACCAACGAGCUCCGAGCCGAGGCCAAGAAACAAGCCAACUACUUCCGCUACGGCACGUCUUCGCCCUCGGAGACCAUCGUUGAACGCAUCAAGAAUGGUCUUCAAUGGUUCCUUGGCCAGAUUCAGGGCAGUGCUUCUUCAGCCUCCGCCACCGUCUCUGCCUCUGGAAGCUCCGUAGCCAGCGACGCUUCCAAGACCGCCUCCAAGAGUGCCUCGUCCGCCUCCAGUGCUGCGUCCAAGAGCGCAUCGUCCGCCUCCAGCGCUGCCUCUAGCGCCGCCUCCAAGAGUGCAUCCUCUGCUUCCAAGAGUGCCUCUAGCGCCAAGAAUGAGUUGUGA